CAUUGGCCGCCGCAGUCACGUGCCGGCCGGGCGGCGGCGGGGCUGCCGCUCCUCCCUCCCUCCCUCCGUCCAUCCUCCUCCUCCGUCCCUCCCUCCCUCCCUCGCUGCUCCCCUGGCCGGGCUGGCGCUGGGAGCGGCCGCGAUCGCACCAUGAGCACCCUCAAGGUCUACAGCACGUCGGUGACCGGCUCCCGGGAGAUCAAAUCCCAACAGAGCGAGGUAACCCGAAUCCUGGACGGCAAGAACAUCAAGUACGAGCUGGUGGACAUCUCCCAGGACAACGCUCUCCGGGAGGAGAUGAGGGCCAAGGCAGGCAACCCCAAAGCCAUCCCGCCCCAGAUCGUCAACGGGGACCAGUACUGCGGGGAUUACGAGCUCUUCGUGGAAGCUGUGGAGCAAAACACUCUGCAGGAGUUCCUCAAGUUGGCCUGAGCCCCGCUUCCCCUCCCAGCCCGGACUCUACUGCGUUCCUGAGCGCCCUCAUCUCCCACCACCCUCACCCGUCAGCGCUGUCCUGGCACCUCCACCUGCAUCCCAGCCCAGGGAAACACCCACGACCAAAACUCCUCAUUGCAGCUGCCUCCGACUCCCUCCUGCUGACCCGGCCUCGUCUCAGAGGGAUCCAAAGAAAGCGCCGCUCGCUGCUCGGGCUGUGAGCAGAGCUGGGCCUGGCUCACGGCAGCUUCCAGUGCCUCUGUAAACAGCAAAGCCUCUGGGGCUGUGCGAGGUGAUCCUGGCCUUCAGCCCCCUCCUCUGCCUCGCCACGGAGGGGCUUAGGGCUGCACGGGACUUCCCACUUCUCCCAGUUGCUGUUAAAAUUGUAAAUUCUGCUGCCUCACUUCCUUUUUUUUUUUUUUGUCUUUUUCCCUCCUCUUCAUCUCAACAGCAGAGAUUAUGGUAACUUAGUAAGGGGUUUUUGUUGGUUUCUUUUGUUUUUUUGGGUUUUUUUUUGUCUUAAUUUAAUGCAAAAGUACUGCACAGAAUUUGGGUGUGAGUGCCCAGCACGGUGGGGCUGGGGCUGAAGGCUGCCUGGGGAAUGGGUGGGGCUGGCAGUGGGAUCCGUGCUGCUCUGGCCGCCCUCCACCCGAGCAGCUCCCCGGUGAGCAUUAAUGGCUCAGGGCUGCCCCACAGCAGCUGAUGCUCCAGCUGUCCCAUCUUCUCCUCUUUGUGUUGGCUUGUUUGCGAUCCUGGACCAAGUGCAUUUUGUUUUCCUGCCAAAAAGCAAGUUUAUAACCAGUGUUGUCUUCCGAGAUGCUAUUAAAUGUUACUGGACCUUUCACGGCGCCGCUCUUG